GUGUCCUUCAUCUCCUCGAUUUUCCCCUCUCCAGCUAUCUCCGGUCAUCCCAUCUAGAGCCUUGAUGUAAAUCCAUCCUCAUCACCAGGUUUCAUGGCGAAAGAAAUGGAGAACCACGAAUUUCCCUUCCUCGAGGAGGUCUUCACCCCAGCGGGACCGCCCAAGAUCGACUUCGUCUUCGUCCACGGCCUCAACCCCCGCGGUCGCGUCGACCACCCCUACGAGACAUGGACCCACGCCAACGGCACCUUCUGGCCCCGCGACUACCUGCCCCAGGACAUCCCCCAGGCCCGCGUCUUUGUGUAUGGGUAUAACUCCAACAUCACCAGUCCGCAGAGUAUGUCCACGGCCGGUGUGAAAGAUCAUGCGAAUACGUUGUUGAAUCUGUUGGAUUUGGAGCGGGAUCCGAAUAUGAAUGUACGGCCGCCAAAGAUCGUAUUCGUGGGACAUAGUCUGGGGGGGCUGGUGAUCAAGCAGGCCCUGCUGAACGCCCACGAAGACCCCAAGUACAACGCCAUCCGCAACAACACCUACGGGCUGGUCUUCUUCGGAUGCCCCCACCGCGGCACUAAAGGCGUCGAAUUGGGUAAGAUUGCGGCCAAGGUGGCGCGAUUCGUGGCCAAGGGCCAUGCCAGCAACGAUCUGCUCGACAGUCUGGAGCACAACUCGCUCUUUACGCGGCAGAUGACGAGUCGCUUCUCCCACCAGCUGGAGGACUACCGGGUGAUCAGCUUUGUGGAGGGCAAGGAGGUGCUCCUGGGGGGCGUGGGGCCUGCCUCUGUCAGUCAUCUGGUGGUCGACGAAGAAUCCGCCGUGCUGGGCCUCCCCGGCCAACGCGAGACCCGCCUCAAACUCGACGCCGACCACUCGCAGAUGUGCAAGGUGGGCGCCCGUGGCGCCAUGUACAAGAUGAUCAAGGGCAACAUCAAGCAGAUCGCCGACCAGGUCCUGGCCACAGAGCAGGGAUACAUCCCUUCCCCCUCCAGCGCCACCUCGACCUCCCCCCACCCCGCGCCACCACCCAUUCCCCCCCGCCUCCCCGUCAACAGCAGCAUGCCCUACCCCUCGCCGCAGAGCCCACCGCCCAUCCCCAAACGCGUCACCGGCGCCUUCUUCACCGCCGUCGACACCGACCCGCGCGCCCUCCAAGCCGCCGCCCUCAAGAACAACUGGCAAUGGGACGAAGCCCGCAAGCUCGAGUACGCCAUCUUCCAGGAGCACCUGCGCAACCUUGGGGCGGACCACCACAGCACCUUAGAGAUCGGGUACCACCUGGCCGAGAUCGACCUUGAGGCGGCCUACUACCCGAAAUCCGCCGAAUGGGCGCAGUGGGUGUCGACCAACGCGCAGCGGGUCUUCGGCGCCAAACACCCACUGGCCAUGAAGGCGGAGAGCCUGCUGGGCGAGGUGCUGGCGCACCAGGGCAAGGGCCAGGAGGCGGAGUCGGUGUGCGCCAACGUGCUGGCGCGCCAGCAGAUGAGCAUCGGCGAGGACGAGCUCGACACGCUGCUGACGCGCCGCCGGCUGGCCGUCGCGUACGGGGCGCUGGAGCGGCGCGCCGAGGCCGUGCAGGCGCUCGAGAGGCUCACCGAGCGGCUCCGCCAGGUGCUCGGCCCCACGCACAUCCGCGUCUACGGCGCGGUGCUGGACACCGCCGAGCACAUGGUCGCGCUGCGCUCCAACGACACCACGCAGCUGGUCACGAUGCGCUUCAACCCGGCCGUCGAUCCGAUGGGCCAGGCCUUUGCGGCGGUGUCGCAGGAGUUGAUGCAGCUGCUGGGCGCGUCGCACCCGCUGACCAUCAAGAGCGUGCGGCUCCUGGCCGCGAGCCAGAUGCUCGAGCCCGACGGCACGGCCGCGGCGUCGGAGACCUUCCGGCGCGCCCUGGCGGCCAGCGAGGAGUAUCUGGGGCCCGAGCACCCGGAAACGAUGGCCACCGUGGCGCUGAUGGGGGUGAUGUAUGCGUCGCAGGGCCGGAUCGGGGUGGGCACGUUCGUCGGCGCCCACCCCUCGCACACGGGGCUGGCCACCCCCUGGCUGCUGCGGUAUCUGGGGUGGUGUGAGACGCGCAUGGGCGCCGACUGCGCCGAGGUCCAGUCCGUGCUGGACAUGCUGGCCAAGCUGUACUUCGAGGCCCGCGAUUACGUGCAGAGCCAGGAGUACUACGAGCGGCUGGAGCGGAGUUAUCGGGCGGCGGGCAAGGCAAUGCCCGAGCAGAGCGCGAAUUGGUUGCAGCUGUGUCGCAUGAAUACGCGAUAUUUGACGCCGAAGAAGGAGGUCGGGCUGCAGGGACUACUGAGGCAGUUUCAGCGGAUGUAGACUAGACUGUCUGGAAGAGGUGGCUGCUGCACUGGGUUUGUUUGCGUUGUUGCGAUAGCUGAGUAGUUAUACCAUGCUGUUUAUGAAUGCAUAUUUUUUCU